AUGUAACACUUGUCGUCACUUUGCCGUGUCUUCGUCAUAUGUUGGUCGCUACAUCGACUUGCAUAGAACAAUGGAGCGCACAGGUGGCGCAUUCUUCACUCUUAUUGUUGUGUUGCUUCUAAUUGCUCCAAGCGCUUCGAACCUCCAUCGCAAGCAGUCUUUUUAUUCUCGGAAAGUGACGCACGACAGUUUCAGUCCAAACGUUGGUGUUCCUGAUAGAUCUUCUAGCGCUAUAACAACAUGGGUAUUAUCUCUCUUCUCGGCAGCUCUAGUGGGUCUUACAGGAAUAUUUCCGUUGUUUAUUCUCGAUAUCGACAAAAAGACGGAUCGGGGACUCUCGAAUACGCACAAGACGCUGCUAGGAUUUGCUGUCGGCGGAUUGCUCGGUGAUGUUUUCCUGCAUCUUCUGCCGGAGACAUUCGGGAGAUUGGGAACGAACGAUUGGACAGCACAAAUGCACGGGGACGAAGACCAUGUCGCUGUGGGAUUGUGGGUGUUGGCAGGAUUGCUCUGUUUCAUGCUAAUAGAGAAGUUGAUGGCUGAGACGGAAGAGACGGAAAAGGCGGAUGAGAAGUCAGACUGUCAUGAGGAGGCGGAGACUGAGGGCGAACAGUUAGUGUGCAAUGGGACAAGAAUGAGAGACAAUGUGGAAUGCAACGGUGUAGGUGUAACGCCUGAUGGUGUGAUGAAAAGCAGUGGACACGACGUGAAAGAACCUCAGAAGAUUCUUGUUAGUGGCUACUUGAAUCUGGUUGCCAACUGUACUGAUAACUUUACUCAUGGACUAGCCAUCAGUGCUAGUUACAUGGUUGGCACCAAAGUUGGUAUCUUGACGACUGUUGCCAUACUCCUUCAUGAGAUUCCUCACGAAGUGGGCGAUUUUGCUAUCCUUCUCAACUCUGGUUUUGAUCGUUGGUCGGCCACUAAAGCUCAGAUGGCUACAGCAAGUGGGGGCAUUGUUGGAGCAUUAGCUGGUCUUAUUGCUGAUGAGGCGACAGACUCUACUGCAUGGAUACUUCCUUUCACUGCAGGUGGUUUCAUCUAUAUUGCUAUGGUAACCAUCAUUCCCCAGCUCAUUAAGGAGCAAGAUCCAAUGCAGUCAGUUCGACAGCUGGGUGCUAUAUUGACAGGAAUUAUAGUGAUGAUGAUGGUAUCCUAUGUUGAAGAUUUAUAAUUUCCUUUGAUGGAUUGUACAGUACGUCUCACUAGAAAUAUUUUCUAAUCGAAUCAGUAGACAUAUUCUUCCUUAUGACUAUGACAUAUCCGGUAUGACAAAAUAGUAACUGAAUUUGGUCAGUACACACUUGUAUUCCCAUUUACACGCAUGGCUAAUGAAUUAGC